UGCUGCGAGCGCCCGGCCGCCGCUCCCCGCCCCGCCCCGCCCCGCCCCGGGCCGGGCCGGGGAUGCGCUGCUCGGCGGCCGCUCGCAGGAGCCGCGCGGCGGGCGGGGAGCGGGAUGGAGGUGGAGGAGGCGUUCCCGCUGGUGGGGCAGAUGGGGCCCUACCAGGUGUACCUGUGCGUGCUGCUGGCCGUGCUCCUCCAGCUCUAUGUGGCCACUGAAGCCAUCCUCAUUGCAUUGGUGGGUGCAACUCCUCCCUACCACUGGGACCUCCAAGAGCUCUCAGCUAACCAGAGUCAUAGCAACCAGUCAGCGAGUGAGGAGAGAGCUUUUGGGGAAUGGCUUCUGACUGCCAAUGGCAGCGAGGUGCAUAAGCAUGUACACUUCAGCAGCAGCUUCACAUCGAUAGUCUCUGAGUGGUUUUUAAUUGGCAACACAUCGUACAAAGUCAGUGCUGCCAGUUCUUUCUACUUCAGUGGUGUAUUUGUUGGAGCAAUCUCCUUUGGCCAACUCUCAGAUCGAUUUGGGAGGAAGAAAGUCUAUCUUACAGGUUUUGCUCUUGACAUCUUGUUUGCCAUUGCAAAUGGAUUUUCACCCUCAUAUGAAUUCUUUGCCAUCUCUCGCUUCUUGGUAGGGAUGAUGAAUGGUGGGAUGUCACUGGUGGCCUUUGUUCUACUGAAUGAGUGUGUGGGCACUGCCUACUGGGCAUUAGCAGGAUCUAUUGGUGGCUUGUUCUUUGCUGUGGGAAUUGCCCAGUAUGCUUUAUUAGGGUACUUCAUUCGUUCCUGGAGGACUCUGGCUGUUGUCGUUAACCUGGAAGGAACAGUCGUCUUUCUUCUCUCUGUAUUCAUUCCAGAGUCCCCCCGCUGGCUCUACUCACAAGGCCGGCUGAAUGAAGCAGAAGAUGCCCUCUACCUCAUUGCAAAGAGGAACCGCAAGCAGAAGUGCACUUUUUCAUUAAAACUUCCAGCAGAGAGGGGCUCCAGAGAAGCUGGCAGCUUCUUGGAUCUGUUCCGAUAUAAGAUUCUCCUGGGACGCACCUUGAUCAUGAUGUUUACCUGGUUUGUGUGCAGCUUGGUUUACUAUGGUCUUACCCUUAAUGUGGGUGACUUAGGUGGAAGUAUUUAUGCCAAUUUAGCCCUUUCAGGGUUGAUAGAAAUCCCAGCAUACCCAAUCUGUAUUUACUUGAUUAACCAAAAAUGGUUUGGUCGGAAGCGAACACUGAGUACAUUUCUGUUCCUGGGAGGAUUGGCUUGUCUUAUUGUCAUGUUCCUUCCUAAAAAGAAAGAUACUGGAGUGUUUGCAGUGGUGAACAGUCGCUCUCUGUCUUUGCUGGGGAAACUGACAAUCAGUGCUGCAUUUAACAUCGUCUACAUCUACACGUCAGAACUUUAUCCCACAGUGAUCAGGAAUGUUGGAAUGGGUGCCUGCUCCAUGUUUUCCCGUGUUGGUGGAAUCAUUGCUCCUUUCGUCCCUUCAUUGAAAUCUGUACAGUGGUCUCUGCCUUACAUUGUGUUUGGAGCGACUGGUCUUUUGUCUGGGCUCUUAAGUUUAUUGUUACCAGAGACCUUAAACAGCCCUUUGCUAGAAACUAUUUCAGACCUGCAGGUAUGCUCAUACUGGAGGCUGGGUGAUGAAGCCAUGUCAUUGCAAGCCCUAGAUGGCUCACAGUCUGGAAACAAAGACGGUUCUGCAGGGAGUGGAAGUGAAGAUGAGGAGUUUUAUGAUGCCAAUGAAGAGACUCAUAUGAUCAAGUAAUGAAAAGGAGCACUGGCCGAUUUUAUGCCUUUCCUUUCUUGUCCAAUCGGUCUGGCUGUAAAGACAAAUACUGGGGACGUGGCCUGUCAAGGAAUGUAAUUGGGCAAGUGCCUGUGUGUUUCCUGACUAGGAGAGGGGUUUGAGUACUGUUCAGACUAAUCACACCAGUGAUGCUCUCCAUACGAGACAGCCAUUCAAAUUCCUGUGAUUCAGAAUGACAGUGUACGGACCACAUUUGAAGCCAGGUGAGACAGCAAGGGUGGGAUGAUGUAUUUCUGAAACCUAGGCAGUUACCUAGGCUUACACAGAUUUUGACAGAUCAUCAAUGCACGUUUGUAUUUUAUUUUCAAGGUGGUUGAUUUGGAUUCAGUAUAAAUUGAUAUAUUUAGACAUCUACUUUUCUUUUUCUGUAGAAUGGAAGUGGUCACAGAAUGUGCUGUGUGCUACUUCAGUGGGAAGAAAUCCCUGAAACUGUAUGUUAAAAUGGCUUCUGUGUGUUGAACAGAGGAGAGGUAACUAUGAACAUAAGAUUUCUCUCUGCACACAGACACCUGUAUAGAAUUACAGGGUGCAGCUGGUUAGUCAUGAGCUGUGCAUAAACUUAGUGCUAACGGAAAGCUGGGAGGGAGAACUACAGGAAGGAGCAGUCAUAAAGCCUGGAGACAAAGGACAUGACGGAUAUUUUUUUUUCCUCCUUUUCAUCCGUCAAGCAUUUUUGUGGGUUGGCUUAUGCAUAUGUUUGUCACAUGUUCCCCACAUCUCAGCACUGCUGUUUAUAGCUUUGCCUACUUUUACCUUGUCCUCACUUUGCCAUAAAUAUUGAAGCUCAACAACUUCUCUGUGCAGUGAAAUAAUUCUGUGAAGGAUGUAAUUUCAUGGGUGGGACAUAGGCGAGGUAUUUAUCACAUACUGUAUGUCUGAGGUGUGUGUUAGAAUAUAUAGCUCACUUUUUAUGGACCCCCUCUGUGUCUUCAUUUCUGGAAGAAACUUAACUCCGAAGUGGUAAGAGGAACUAUGAGUUGCUGUUACACUUUGGGAAUAAUUGCCAAGAAGCUGCUGGUAUUUAUUUAACCUUGUGUGUAGAUAAAAUUCUCAUUUAAAAAAAAAAAAAGGCAAACCUCUUUGACACAAUAUUUGGUUACUUGAUGCUCUUUCUUAACCAGGUGCUUGCUCAAACACUUGGUUACUUGACCUUGUUGUGAAAGACAACUUUACUCUCCUGUUUACACUGAACUUUAAGUGCUUCAUUAGAGGGAUAUGGAAUCUUGAAAUAUUCCAGCUACAAUGAUGAGGCAUUACAAGGAUUCCAUUUUCUCGAUUACUUUAUCAUCUUCAUCCUCCAACCUGUGGGUUUCUAUUUAUUAAGAUUGAUUUCCAUAAAAUGUUUGUUAGUCUUUAUACUUGAAGUUCAUAGCAAAGUGUCACACAACAGCAGUAAGUAUAUUGUUGGCUCGCUGGCCAGUUUUGUGAAUGUUAAACUAAAAAAAUUGGAUUAAAAAAAAGAUGACCUCUGAAUAUUUUUCUGUUUAAACUGGGAAGCUCCUUUACUCUCAAAUGAAGUGAAAGUAAACAACAUCUGAAGGUUGCAGUUAGCUGCUUGAAGUUUUUUCACUGGGAACUGUAAAGCUGAGUGAAAUGCAGCUACCCUGGUUGGUGCAGAGGGCAGCCCAGAGACUGCACGUUCACACGUGCAGCACUCCUGCUUGGCCUAAACUUGAUCCAGACUUUGACUGUGAGCAAAGUUGGGAACUUCAGUCCCUGUGGACAAUGUGUCAGUAUUGUGAUUUUUGCCUGUAUUGAGCUUCACUAGAAUAAUUCCAGCCUGCAGUCUUCACUCUGUUUUUUUUUCCAGACUGUUGAAUAGUUUUUGAGAUGUGGCAGGGCACUUCUAAACCCAUCUGGGUAGUCUUUCUGCCUUAUUUGAUCCUUUUGUAUGCAAGAAAAGCGUUCCCAGUAAGGUAGUGAGAAUUACUUGGAGAGGUUGAAUCUAUCUGUUCAAAUAAUUUUUUAGUUUUGCAUUCACAUUUUGAAUUAGGGACAGCUGGAAAAAUGACUUUUCAUUUUGUUGCUGAUGGCUUCUAAAUAGAUAAAGCCUGCUCACUUAAAACCAAAUGGUGGUAAGCCUGGUGGUAUUAACAUGCUGCCAAGACCCAAUAGGUUUUUUUAGGUAUUUACUGCCUCUCUCCCUCUUUGGACUGUAGGUGGAGUAAACUACCUGAGAGGCAGACAGGAACUGCUAGCUUUCCUCCCUCCAUUCUUUUACUGUCAUUAUCUGCCACUGGCAGCCCACAUUGUGCCACAGGACACCUUUAACAGAAUUUUUAUUAGAACAGUAGGAUACUGUAAUGGUUCAGGUGGAGGAGAUCACUCUUUGCAGGACCUGAGCUGGAUAUUGUGACAGUCCUCAACUUAUAAUUAAACUUACCUCUCCACUAAUGCACUUUUAUAUAUUAGGUAUAUGUAUGUAAGACUGCAAAAACUAGAGUGAAGAAGACAUCAACAAUUUUUUUUCCAUAAAAGUUGCUGCCCUUUUUUUAACUUUAAAUCUAUGCCAUGUUUGCAUCUUUGGAAUUUUAAAGGGCAGCAUCUUUUUUGUGUCAAGCAUAGGAAUUCUCUAGUGUUACUUUCCCUGGCCAGUUAAUUCAGAAGUUUUAUAGGAGAGAAACCCUACAGGAGGGGGUCAGUAAUGUAGUAUCAGGCUUCUUAAAAUUACUUGUUCUCCCCCUUUGUUCUGAAGUCCAAAUCCUUUAGGUGCAUUAAGUUUCAUUUCAGAGAAGUUUGUUUUGUAAGAGCUAGCCUUCUGGUACAGAAACCAGUACGAUCACUUUUUUCUUACCCAUGGAGUGUAAUGCUUUAUAAUAUUGAGAUACUUGUGCCAUGUGUAGCAUUCACUGGGGAGAGAUGCUGCACAGUGUUUUGUAGCAGAUGUGGCCAGCAUUUUCUGUAUCUAGAUGGAGCACUAUUGCUAAGCAGAAGUUCUUCAGCUGAACAGCACAUGCUGUUAUGGGUGUCUCAACUGUGUUACUUGAAAGCCCAAGUCAGAAGGUCAGGGGGAACUUGUGACUUUGAAGUUAUACGUAAGUGGUCUGUGUAGGCCCAACUAAUAAAUCUCAGUCUUUGGUCAGUAAGUUUGCCCAGAGGGAGCUACUGGAGAGCAGAGGUUGAUAUGGCACUAAAUACAUCACAGUUUGUGACAUACUGUGAUGCUAAGAGUCCGAGACUCAAUAUCCUUGCUAUAGUUGAGUGAAGUAUGACGACCUUAUCCCAUAUUUUUUACUGGAGUAGCUUUGUAUACUAAGCAGACUGUGCUGUUAUCUUUUUUUUGUGUUGCGCAGGCACUAGGAUACCUGCCCCCAAGAUGGGAAUUCCUUCCCUGGAUUCCUCUGGCUUUGCAGCUGUCAUUUUUUUCAGCCAGCUCACUUAGUGGGGAAUUAUGGUAGAGAUGAGAGAAGCUUUCCCACGGUGCUCAUUACUUGGAUCUUAAUACUGUGUCAGGUGAGGUAUGUUUGGGAUUCUUCUACCUGGGGACCUCACAAGUGAUACUUGAAUACAGCUAGGAGUGAAGGAGAGUGGCAGAUCAUGUGAGACGCCAUGGAGGAGAAUUGGCUGGAGACAUUCAAAAGAAAUAGAGGAUUCAGUAGAAGCACUUUAGGGCAGGAGUAAGCAAAAACACAAGAUAGUAGCUAUUGGGUAGAAAUGCCCUUCUUGCUGCUUAUGUUGACUUGAAGCUUCUCCGUUUCAGAGCUAGCACUGGUUCCAAGAUGUUCUAUUGGGGACAUUAGUUUAAUUUCCUUUUUAAUGUCAACUUUGGUUAUCGCUACUGCUUUAGUGACGAAACUUCUUUUGAUCAAUAUAAAAUGUGGCGUGCUUCAGUUUUCUUUUGGACUUUUCUACGCAAUGGCAUGUCACUAAAAUAAUUAAAAUUAGUAAAGCCCUCUUGGAGAAUGCUGUAUAACUGGUCAUCAUUUAAUUUGACAGUUUACCUUUAGAAAUAUGGGAAGAAUUUGAUGUAUUUUUUGUCACAGAACUUCGUGUGAAGUGAUACUUAAGUCCUCUAAAAAGAUUUUACUACUUGGCUAUUUUUGAUAGGCUGAAAAGAAUAGAAUAGGGAAGUGAUUUGACACAUUUAUUUUUUAAGCUGCUUCCUCUGAAAACAAAGCUAGUGCUCUCCAUUUAGCUAUUGGGAAAGUGCUGUUCAGAGAUUCCCUGACACACCAGAAACUUAGAAGCUCUGUUUUAAAGGAGGGCCACAGGUGAGUUGGUGUUCAGGUCAGGGUGCUGAGUGAAGAACAUAUCCACACCUCUCCAAAGACACCUAAUUAACAUGGAGCAGGUUGUACCUACUUGCCACCUUUGUUAUGGUCAAGGCUUUAAGGGUUGCAGCCACAUGCUCCUCUACUCCCAAUGCCCAAUCCAUGCUAGGGUUUCCAGACUGUAUGGAUGUACUGAAGUUAGCAGAAUAUUCUUUGCAGAAGAACCAUGGGGAAUGCAGUUGAGCUGUACACUUUCCAGCCUAUUUCACCUAAGCAUAUAAAAGCAGUUUGCCAGAGAAUGUUCUGGUUGUACUGAGGAAAAGGGGAAGUGAGGAACAAACUUACUUUUCCUAGAGUGUCUUAAUGGAGUCAUGUGAGCUAAAACUCUUGUUCCUGAGUCUUCUGCAUAAUCACUGAAUACAUAUUUGGUUAGUAUUAUUUUGUUUUAGCUGAAGAGUGGUGUGCUAUGUAUACCUCUGCCCACCCUGUUAGAGCUUCUUUGAUCAUGCUCUUUAACAAAGCUGAAUCUAUGCAUCUGUGCAUCAGAAAAGCCCAAGAGUGGUGCUGUCAUUUGAUGGUGGAAGUUAGUUUGGCCUGACACACUUAAUGCCUGUGUCAGAAAUGUCUCUAUUCAGCUGUUUACCAAACAGGAGGCUCAGGGUAUAGCUGUAUUUUGAGUCUCAUUGCUUGUACCUUUCUUCCACUUAAUACAUCUUGUAGUAAGGUACCUACAUAAGAAAACCUCUAUGGCAGAUCUAAAUGAAAAAUUGGAGAGUGAACAGAUUUAUACAGAGUUUUUCCAUGCUAUGUAUUUUUAAUGCCUUGUGCAGUCUAUUGUAGCCUUCAGGUUUUCCAGGUGCUACUGUUGUUUAAGUCUAAUAGAGCUGGGUAAAACUUUUACUUUGACAGUCUGAAUUUACUGAAUUCUCUCAUCUUAUUUUUGGUACUACUUGCUGUUUCUGUCACUCUGGAAAAAAGUUCCCAUAUUACCUAAUGGGAGAAAUUUUUUCUGUUCUAAUUUGAAGUGCCUGUUUUAUAAAAGUCUUCUUUAAUUUCCUCAGUCAACUUGAUAUGGGACUAUGUGUAAAGUAACAUCAUAGAAUUAGAUUAUAUAAGUGCCAGAGAUGUUUUUUCCUGGAAAGCAAUGGUCCAGAACUAGUUCUAGCUGCAGUCAUUUGGAAAUUCUUCCACGCAACCUGCUAAAACUGGUAUUUACAAGCAUCUCUGGAGCUUUAGGGGACAGAGUUACCUUUGUUUGCUUGUCUUUCAUUGCUCAGUUCACUUAAGUAGCCUUUGUUUCUGAGAAACCAAAGAAAUUAAAUGAAGGAUUUAAGAUAGUAUAGGUUUUGUAGAAUAUGCAGAAUUUAUAUCAUGAGGUCAUUAGAGAGAAAUCUGCAGAGCCUGUUUGCUUCUGUGUUGUAAAUGUCAAAGCUUACUGUAAGACUGAUAAAACCUGACUAGGAAUUUGUUAGUUCAUUCAUCAGCCUUACAAAUUAGCAUUGCUAAUAACAGCUUGCCUUCAUAGGAUUUAGCAGAUUUAUAUAAAAUGCACAGUCUGAGACACUGAUAAUAAGUUCUAGAGUUUCAAUCCCUAUUACAACUAAAAUUCACUUCAAGUCAGCCCUAUCAUGGCUGCUUGUUUGUCAGUAAAUAGGCAGGUGGCUAAAAGUUUGUGCAAGAGCUGGCUGCCCCCAGAAGAACAGUAUAAAAGAAAUAACCUCCUUUCUCCAGUGUGUAUGCAGAAUGAAGUGGGACCGUGGGGUGUCAGGAUCCUCUCAUAUACAGCAAGCUUAUAGAAUGGAGUAUGUUUAAAUAAGUACUUGCCUACCAUAGCAUAGAAAAGGUUUCUAGAGGAAACAGGUCUUUAGCAUGCAUGUUACCGCUUCCCACCAACACAUCUGAGGUGCUCGUAUUAUACCUACUUUAUCAGGAGGCAGGCAAAAAGUAUGGCAGUAAGAAAACCUUUGCCUGUAUUGAAAGUUAUAUUUACUUCAAGAUGUGCCAUCAGAGGUAGCUGGCACAUCUGCUCAAAGAAAAUGUUUUUAAAUGAUAGAAACUUGAUUGGGAGAUAGGCAUUUCUGAUGCUAGUUUGCAGGGUGGGGGGGAAAUCAGUGUUGCAGACACUGAUGAAAAUUGUUAUAGAGCAGACAACUGCUGGGUGCUUUGUGAUUAAAAAAAAAAAAUUUAGUUAUUGUGAUUUCAAGUAUGCCUCUAAAAGGCUGGUUUCAAGUAUUUGAUCCUUGUCACUCUUCAGCACAAAUUUUAUUCUGUUCUUGUUAAAAUUUAAGUCAUGUAGAAACUAGAAGCAUAUUUUUAAUAUAGAUACUUUUAUUGCACUACAUUUCCUUCCUGAAUCUAAUAAUACUUUGAUUUUUUUUUUAAAGCUACCUCUUUAAGUUGAGCGCUUUUGUCAAUUUUGUAUUUAACUGAUUUUUAGGAAACUACAAAAUAGUUUCUUUUUAUUUAUGUAGGAAUCCAUGACUUAAAGACCACAAGUCUUCCUUCUGUUUAAAGUUUUUAUUAAAGGCAUUUUAAAUUUAGUUAAAAGACCUAAGCUUUUGAAGGAGCAGAAUAAUUACACACUUUGAGCAUGGAUUCUCCUGUGUGUUCUAUUUACUUUUAGAAGGGUCAGAAAUUUUAUACUAACCUCAGCUGAGGACAUGACUUUUGGGGGGCAAUAACAAGUUUUGAGUUGGAGCGUUUUAAUCAAUUUAAUUUAUUGCUAAUUAAGAGCUUUUCGUUACUGGUUUUGGUAUUGAAAGAAAAAAAUAAAUAAACCACCUAAGGUAAACACUGCUGUUUUCUUCCAGACAGCAGUCUUCUCUCUUUCCCCCAUGCCAUCCCUCACCCCAUGGUGGUCUCCAGUCCCUUGGCUGCACGUUGCGUUCAGUCCCCCCAGCAAGGCCACAGGCAGCACAGGAGGUUGGGAUCAAUCAGUCUGUGCUUGCUGUUCUGUCACUGCUCCUUGUCUCGUACUCAACUGCUCUCCUGUGGGUUUCUUCACCAGCCGCAGUCCCUUUAGAGCUGUAGCUCCUUCUGAGUCUACGCUCAGCCUCUGCUCAGGCUAUGAUUUUCCUUUGGCAUUUCUUCUGCUCAGCUGUCUUUCCUUUCAGCUCCUCUUGUGCUGGCAUGGUCUUUUCCUUUUUUUUUUUUUUUUUUUUUUCCUCCUACCGCUAUAACACUGUAAUCUCUCUUUCUUGGCAUUUACUGCCCUCUCUUAAACAUGCUUUUGCAGAAGUGCCAGAAACAUCUCUGACGGUGUUGGAGUGCAGUGGGUCAGUGCCCACUGUGCCCAAGAGGCAGCGGGUGCUGACUGAAACACAGGAGGAUCCCUCUGAACAUAGGGAAGAACUUUUUUUACCGUGAGGGUGACUGAGCACUGGCCCAGGUUGCCUGGAGAGGCUGUGGAGUCUCCAUGUGUGGAGAUAUUCAGAAGCCAUCUGGACACGGUCCCGGGCAGCCUGCUUUAGUAGGUGGCCCUGCUUGAGCAGUGAGUUGGGCCAGAGGACCUUGCGAGAUCCCCUCCGGGUUUCUGUGCUGCCUGUUGCAGAGCUGGCCGGGAGCGGCACAGGGCAGGCCCUGGCUGCUUCCUACGCUGGGCACCCUGCAGCCCCCUCACUGCCAAAACGCUGGCAGUUAUGCUCAGUGCAUGACUGAGCAGGGUUUAAGCCCUUACAGUUUGGGCUGACAAUUUUUGUGAGCGGUCGCUGGUGCUGCGUUCCCUUUCUGUGAUACUGUUGUCUUAGGUCAAGUAAAUGAAACUCCUAAGAAUAUAAUCAAAUGUUUAUAGCAGAGUUCUGUGUCUGGUUACAUUUGCAUCCCUGCUGAUUUCAGAGGACAACUUAGAUCUACACUUGACCAGAGGAGCAGCCAAAGGGGUAAACUACUUCCUUUCUGCCCAACCCUCCAUAAUCAUGAAAACAAAUCUUUGUAUAGUCUCUAUAUCCUGUAGAUGUUGUAUUGUUUCCUCCUGGCAGUUUAAUUUGAACCAGUAAUCAAAAGUCCUUGCUGGUUGAGAGUUGAGUAACAGGAAAGUGGGAAUAGAUUCACUGCUUCAAACAAAAAUAAAGUUGUAUAUAGUUGGUGUGUGUAUUUUCAGAUAUUUAAUUUGAGUUACUUGAAUACUGAGUGUUACAAGCCUUUCCAUGUUAAUGAGGAUUGAUAUAUUUCAGAAGUACUUUCUCUUCUUUAACUGUAUUGGUGUGCUGUUGUUAACUCAGAGUUGUACUGCUGAAAACUGUUUUUAGAAUGCUUUAUCUGAGAAGUCACAGCUAAAGACAGCAUAAGUUUUUCAACAAUAGACCGUUUAUGGUGGUAUAUUCAUAUGUUCUGUGAACAGCUGUUGGAUCCAUCUUUUUAAGAUGUUCUUUGCCAUAGGUGAGGGGCCAUAACAAAUGUUGAAAUACUCAGAAUAAUUGCACUUACCUGUUCUGUUUUUUCUUAAGGUGUUUCCUAUGCAUACUGCCUUACCUGUAUGUACUGUAUGUCACUGGAGGUACAAAUAAAAAAAAAAAAGUAAAUAUCAAGUUCUUGAUUUAUAAAAUGGGAAUGGGUUUUUAAAAUAAUUCUGUAAUACUGCAUAUUUACCAGUGAUAUCUGUCUUCUAAGGGAGGAUGAUGGUGGUAAGCCCAGGUGAUUUUAGUCAAAAGGUAAUAUUGGUGGUCUUUACAUUCGCACUGACUUUCUGAAUGAUUUUGGUCAUUUGAAAUAUUCUCUUUUUUUUUUUUUUAAAGGUUUUUGUAGAGGCUAACCUAUGUUAAUAAGCCAACUUUUAGGUGAUUUGUAAGAGUUCUGAUACUGCCUCUGAGUCAUACAGUUCAUAUAAUGUCUUUGUAACUUAUUUUGUGCCUUUUCUUCCCCUGACACAAAAUCUCUCAAUAAAAACAAGCUCUUUUGCAACACUGCAAA